AGAAAUAUUAUUGGAUGAAGCAUGGAGAGUAUUUAGUAACAGAGAGGAAGGAUAUAGGCAGGGGCAAAGGAAAUUAAUGGCUGUUAUCCAGGAAGAAAGAGGAAGAGGGCCUAGACGAGACUUGCCCCGACUGGGCAAGGAUCAAUGCGCUUUGUGUAAGAAAUUCGGUCAUUGGAAAAAGGAAUGCCCAAGGAACAAGAAGGAGGAUCAGAGGGCUCAAACAGGAAGAACGGUAGCCCAUGUGAAGGGAGAUUGACGGGAACCUGGGGAAUCUACCCUAGCGGAUCCACUGGUUAUAGUUAAGCUAGGGAAAACACAACAAGAGGUAGAAUUUUUGGUAGAUACGGGGGCAACAUACUCGGUUCUGAAUCAAGCUUUGAUGCCCCUGGGAGAUGAUUAUGUCAUGGUGAAAGGAGCGACUGGCCAAAGUGAAAAGGCAUAUUUUUGUAAACCUUUAGAAUAUAAAUUAGGAAAACAGUGGGGCAUUAAUAAAUUUUUAUAUAUGCCCAACUCCCCAAAGGCACUUUUGGGAAGGGACUUGUUGGAACAAUUGGGAGCAAAAAUUGUAUUUGAAAAGGGAGAAAUUACUCUGGAGGUAAAAGAUCAGCAAUAUAUUCAAAUAUUGAGCCUAACCUUAACCAGUCUCCCCCUAGAAGGAAGCAUUAACGAGGACAUCUUAAACCAAGUGUACCCAGGGGUAUGGGCUACUGAUGCACCUGGAAGAGCGAAAAGUGCUCCACCUGUUGAAGUUAGGAUCAAGGAAGGCCAAAAGCCAGUAAGAAUUAAACAAUAUCCCCUAAAGAAGGAAGACAGAGAAGGAAUCCGGCCGGUGAUAGAAAAAUUUUUGCAGUUGGGAUUAUUAAAAGAGUAUUUGAAGGAUGCUUUCUUUUGCCUCCCUCUACAUGAAGCCAGCCAAAAAUUAUUUGCAUUUGAAUGGGAAAAUCCCAAGAGUGGUCGAAAGACCCAGCUCACUUGGACGGUGUUGCCACAAGGAUUUAAGAAUAGUCCUACCAUUUUCGGCAAUCAGCUUGCGAAAGACUUAGAAUCCUGGGAAGCCCCGUCUGAGGAAGGGAAGCUGUUGCAGUAUGUGGAUGAUAUCCCGAUCGCCACCAAAACAGAGAAAGAUUGUAUGACAUGGAUACGGGAACACAGGAGAACCGGUACAUCAUGACUGUUUGGAAACCAUCGAAGCAACAUACGCAAGCCGCCCAGACCUGAAAGACAGCCCCAUGGAAAACGGGGAAACUUGGUUCACAGACGGAAGCAGUUACAUCCUAAAUGGUAAUCGACAUGCGGGAUACGCCGUCACCACCAGCCAAGAGGUAAUAGAAUCAGGGGCUUUGCCUAUGAACACCUCCGCACAGAAGGCAGAAAUAAUUGCUCUAACCUGCGCCCUGGAAUUGGCCCAGGGCAAAGUUGUGAACAUUUAUACAGACUCAAAAUAUGCCUUUGGAGUUGUACACGCACAUGGAGCAAUUUGGAAGGAGAGGGGACUAUUGAGUUCUCAAGGGAAAAAUAUCAAACACGCAGAAGAAAUUCUGAAGUUACUGGAAGCUGUCCAGCUCCCUAAGAAAGUAGCGAUUAUGCAUAUCAAGGCACACCAGAAAGUGAGCUCAGAUUUGGAAAGAGGGAAUGAGCUGGCGGACAGAGAGGCAAAACAAGUGGCCAAAACAAAGGUAAAAACAGAAGGGGCCUUAAUUCCUGAUAGGCAGAUUUCCCUAGAAGGUAAGCCAGAAUAUACCAGGGAAGAUCAGAAGCUCAUUACAGAUUUAGAAGGGUCAUAUAAUGAAGAGGGGUGGGCUCAUACCCCACAAGGAAAGCUUAUCAUUCCCUCUUGCUUAUUAUGGCAUUUGAUACGGGAGGAACAUAGGAAAAGACAUUGGGGGACAGAGGCUCUGUAUAAUCAUUUGAUAAGAGAAAUUGUGGCUAGAAAUUUAUAUACCAUGGUGAGACAGGUGACUCAACAGUGUGAUCUUUGCCUCCAGACUAAUCCUAAGAAUACCCCCAAGGCGGAAAUGGGC